CCACUGUUGCUAGUGGGAACAAACUCAGCCUCUACGAGAAUCUUGGUUCUCUCAGAAAAGUAUUUGAAUCUUGUUUCCUUCUUCCUCCCCCAUUAUUACAAAUCUCCUUCCAGUCGAGAUUCAAUUCUUCUUCCCCUUUUUUUUUUUGACAAAAAACUCCCUCUUUUCUAGCCCUUUCUCGUUUCGACUUUUCUCUUGGAAGGGGGAGCUGAAAUGUUGGCUUCUGGAUUCAACCACAUGCUUUCUGUGUUUUCUUUCAAGAAUUUCAACGGCAAGAGCUUGACCCAAUGCUAUGCGACUAGGUACUACUGUUUUGCUCCUCUUGUGCUGCUGCUACUUUUCUCUUGUGUGUUUUCCGGGGGGGUUUGUGGGGGUUCUACGACCGCUUCUGUGCCUCUCGGUUUCGUGCUUCAUGCUUAUGAUAGAGACAAGUAUUGGUUGUCUGAAAAUGGGGCUUUUACCUUUGGUUUCCUGGAGAUAGCUGGUGAUGAGUUUGUAGUUGGAAUUAAGUAUAAUUUAGGUGAUAGAUCUGUAAAUUUACCUGUCUGGACUGUUGGGGCCGGCCUUAGAGUCGCUGCCAACGCUUCAUUCAGCCUUGCCAUGGAUGGGAGGUUUGUGUUGAUGAAGAACCCUAGUGGGAUCAUCCUUUGGAGCAGUAAUACAUCUAAUUUGGAUGUCCAAAAGGCCACCCUUUUGAACAACGGCAAUUUAGUUCUGUUGAGUGGCAAAGAUGAAGUUCUCUGGGAGAGUUUUAGCAGCCCCACAAACACUUUGCUUCCAGGCCAGACUCUGCGGUACCCUCAGAGCCUUAGAGCCCUUUCGACUAGAUCAAUCUCGAGUUACUAUAGUUUGGUGAUUAGCCCAGUGGGAGAGCUCGAACUGGUGUGGGAGCACAAUGUGACUUAUUGGAGGAGUCGCUUUAGCUCCAAGGAAGCGAGGUUUGAAUCCAGUGGCUUCUUCGCAUUGUAUGAUGAUCGCCACCGCACUGUCUGGUCUGUGUCCCCGAUCGAUUACGAGGAUACCUCUGUGAGUUUAAGACACCUCAGGAUCGACCGUGAUGGAAAUUUGAGAAUAUAUUCGUGGGAUGACAAAAGUCACACUUGGAAAGGUGUAUGGCAAGCUGUCCAAGAUCAGUGCAAUGUUUUUGGCUCGUGUGGUCUGUUCAGUGUUUGUGGAUAUAACUCCUCUGGCCCUGUGUGUGAGUGCUUGUCUCCUGAUCCCUCGGACAUGGGAGUGAGCAAUGCUGCAGAUUCCGGUUGCAGAAGAUUGGUGGACUUGAGUAAUUGCAAGAUGCAUUCAAGCAUGUUCACCAUGAAGCAGACGGUUCUCUACGGUCUGUACCCUUCACAUGACAAUGGGAUGUUUUUGAGCGAACCCGCCUGCAGGGAGUACUGCUCCAACGACACCACGUGCAUUGCAGCCACUUCGAUGAAUGAUGGAUCCGGGCUAUGCACCAUCAAGCGCACUAGCUUUUUAAGUGGGUUCAAGACUCCCUAUAUCCAUGCUGUCUCUUUCUUGAAGGUAUGCUCUGUUCCACAAGCUGCUGCCACUGAAGGCAAUAAUAAAGGUCAUGGAAACAGAGGGUCGGAUUCGUUUUCCGGGCUUUCCGUUGGAAGGCCGAGCAUGAGAACUUUAAUCGGGGCUAUAGCACUAAUAGCCUUGCUGACUGUGUCUGUAAUCUUGAGCAUACAGGUGCUGCUCUUCUGGCUUCUGUAUCGGAGACGAAAUCUCAAGGCUCGGGCAAGGAUUCCUUUCGGGAAGGACACACGAAUGAAUCCGCACUACAGCAUACUGAUACGGUUAUCAUAUGAAGAAAUAAAGGAAGUGACUAACGACUUUGCAGUUCCACUGGGAACCUCAGCUUUCAAAGGUGUACUCCCAAACAAAGCACCCGUGGUUGUAAAACGAAUCAAGGGUGUGGCCGUUUCGGAGAAGGAGUUUCGCAUUGCAAUUGCUACACUUAAUGGGACACAUCACCGGAAUCUUGCGUCUGUUAAGGGCUUUUGUUAUGAACCAGCGAACAAGUUGUUGGUGUAUGAGUAUGUUCCAAAUGGUUCUUUAGAUGAGUGGAUUUUGGGGACGAAGGAGGACCAAAGUGGAUAUGUUUGGCAGAAAAAGCUUGAGAUUGUUCUCGGGGUGGCUCGGGCCAUCGCUUACCUGCACACAGAAUGUCAGAAAUGCAUCACUCACGGCAGCUUGAAGCUCGAGAACAUCCUCCUUGAUGAAAAUAUGGUUGCAAAAGUGACAAAUUUUGGAGUUGAGGACCUUGUCAUGAAGCAAACUGCUGCUGCUGCUGCUGCUGCUGCUUCGGCUUCCGAGUCCCCAUCGGAGCGAGACAUCUUCAUGCUGGGACUGGUAUUCCUCCAAAUAGUUACGCAGAAAAGGGAGGUUGUGGGGGAGAAUGUGCAGCAAGUACUUGAGCGGGCGAAUCAGCAGAAACUGGGGAGCAGCAGCGACAGUUUGCAAGGUGGGAUAGAGAGGAUCACCAGAAUAUCCUUCUGGUGCAUGCAGGACCAACCUUUCCUGAGACCUUCGAUAGGGGAAGUGGUGAAGGUGCUGGAAGGCACGCUGUCAGUGGAUCGACCGCCGUCAUGUUCAGCUCGAACUUACAAUGGUGUGAUGAUUGAUACCACCGAAGAAAUAGAAUCAGAGUGCUAAUGGAAAUGGAAAUAGAAAUGAAACCUUCCCUUGCCAUCCCAUUUAGGCUAGCUUAGCUUAGCUACCUCAGGCAUUGACUCUGUUCUUUAUGUAUAGGAGUAGCCUAGGGAUUGAUUGUUUUGUUGUUUAGUGUUUUUGGGAGGAAGGGAAUGGAAUUGUGGAAUGAAUGUACA